UCUCUCUCUCCCUCUCUCUCUCUCUCUCUCUCUCUCUCUCACGGAAGAGCCACCGUCUAGUUGUUCCCCGCGAAUCGGUACUCCGUGGUUUUUGAGAUACACACACACACAGAGAGAGACACACACACACACACGGAGAGACACACGGGCGCGCGUCAUGGCGCACGUCGCGCACCUGUUCGUCGCGCUGGUGUGGAUUAUUUCGGUGCACGGAUCUCUCUGCAGCGGCAGCGACGCCGGCUUUGGUGUCGGCGUGUUGAACCGGAGGCACGAGCAUCACCGCCUCCUCGCUGAGGGUCCCGAGGAGGAGACCGGAGCGGCACCGGAUGCACCGCGGAGGCUCGCGAGGUCGCCGAAUGUGGCGUCUCUGCUGAGCAGCUCGUUCGUGCUGAAAGGCGACGCCGCGCACAACCAGGCGAUGGUUCACUGGACGGGCGAGAACAGCAGCGUCAUCCUCAUCCUGACGAGAUAUUACCACGCUGAUUCCAGCAAAGUGCUCGAGAGCUCCCUCUGGAGGUCCAAUGAUUAUGGAACCACCUACAGCAAACUCAACCUGAUGCCUGGAACCACCAUCAUCGUCACGAAUUUCUACAUCUGCCCCAGUAAUAAGAGGAAGGUGAUUCUGAUCAGCUCUACCAUUAACGAGCAGGAUCAGAUGCUCUUCAUCAGCACAGAUGAGGGAGCGUCGUUCCAGAGACAGCCAUUGUCCUUCACCGUGGAGACGCUCCUGUUCCAUCCGUCAGACGAGGACAAACUGCUGGCUUACAGCAAAGAGGCCAUGGUCUACGUGUCUACUGAUCUGGGGAGGAAAUGGACACUGCUGCAGGAACGAGUGACCAAGGACAGAGUCUUUUGGUCUGUGGCCGGGGUGGAUGUUGACCCUAAUUUGGUGCAUAUGGAGAUACAAGACACUAGUGGAGGUUACCUCUAUGUGACAUGUCUGAUACAGAACUGCUCGGAUAAGAUGGUGACGGCUCAGUUUCUGGGUAAAAUCGACCACAAUUCGCUCUCGGUGCAGAACGACUACGUGUUUGUGAAGGUUACCAUGGCUAAUCGUACAAAGUGCUAUGUCUCAUUUCGAAGGAAUGAGUUUGUGCAGAUGCGCUUGCCCAAGUUCUCCCUGCCGAAGGAUGUGCAGAUUGUGAGCACGGAUGAGAACCAGGUGCUGCUGGCCCUGCAGGAAUGGUACCAGACGGACACGUAUAACCUGUACGCAUCAGACCAGCAGGGUGUUUAUUACUCCAUCUUGUUGGAGAACGUGCGCAGCACCAAACAGCCCGAGGAGAACGUCGUCAUCGAUGUGCUGGAGGUGCGUGGCAUCAAAGGCGUCUUCUUAGCCAAUCAGAAAGCAGACGGCAAAGUCAGGACCCUCAUCACAUAUAAUAAAGGACGGGAUUGGGAGCCACUGGCUCCGCCCACCGCUGACAUGAAUGGCAAACCGGUGAACUGCAAACAGCCAGACUGUCACCUUCACCUCCACCUGAGAUGGGCUGAUAACCCAUACGUUUCUGGGACGGUCCACACGAAAGACUCCGCCCCCGGCCUCAUCAUGGGUGCAGGCAAUCUGGGCUCUCAGUUGGUGGAAUACAAAGAGGAGAUGUACAUCACCAAUGAUUGUGGAAAGACCUGGAGACAGGUGUUUGAAGAGGAGCACCACGUCCUGUAUCUGGAUCACGGUGGCGUCAUCGUGGCCAUCAAAGACACGUCCAUCCCAUUAAAGAUCCUCAAGUUCAGUGUGGACGAAGGACGUACGUGGAGCAUCCACAAUUUCACCAGCACGUCGGUGUUCGUGGAUGGAUUGCUGAGCGAACCCGGAGAUGAGACGUUGGUUAUGACUGUGUUUGGUCACAUCAGCUAUCGUUCGGACUGGGAGCUGGUGAAGGUAGAUUUCCGACAGUCUUUCCCCCAGCAGUGUAACGAGGAUGACUAUGACUCAUGGAAACUCACUAAUCUACAGGGAGAGUGUUGCAUCAUGGGACAGGAGCGAACGUACAGAAGAAGGAAGGAGUCAUCUCUAUGCAUUAAAGGGAAGACCUACACGUCGGCGCUAACGGCUAAACCCUGUCAGUGCACGGAGAAAGACUUCAGCUGUGAUUAUGGAUUUGAGCGCAGCCUGAAAGCAGAGGGUGAUCGCUGUUACCAUGACUUCUGGCACGAUCCUGAAGCUCCACCCGAAAACUGCAAUUUGGGACACACCUACCAGACCAGCACAGGGUACCGUAAGCUCAUCUCGAACGUGUGUGAAGGCGGAGUGAAUAAAGAAGAGAGCGGAAAGCAGCACGCCUGCCCUCUGAUGCCCCCUGGAGGACUACAACUGGGCAUCAAGGGGCAGAUGCUUACUGCGGCGCCUGGUGAUGACAUCACCUUCAUCGUCCACCAGGAGCGGGGUGAUACGAGCAGUACCCGGUACCAGGUGGACCUGUCUGACGGAGUCCGGGCGAUUUAUCAGAACUUAACGGUGACGGAUGAACCGAUCCAGCAUCGUUACGAGAAGCCGGGUUUUUAUCGGGUCAGCGUGAAGGCGGAGAACACAGCCGGUCACGAUCAGGCCAUGCUGUACAUCCGGGUCACACUGCCUCUACAGGAAGUCCAUCUGGAGGUGGUGCCCAUCGCAGGAAGGAAACAGGAAGUGAACCUGACCGCUGUGGUGCUUCCUGAGGACUCGAACCUCACCGUCUUCUACUGGUGGAUCGGAGCGGAGCUGCAGCCGAGGCUGACGCUGGAGAACAGCAUUCGCACCAGUUUCUCAGAAGAAGGCGAGAUCUCCGUCGCCGUCCAGGCAUCUAACGGACGCUCCACGGUGCAGGACAGUAAAACCGUGCGUGUUUACGAUCACUUCCAGGUCAUUCCUCUUAGCUUCAGUCCGAACUUGGAUCGUUUCAACCCGAACAUCCCGGAGUGGAGAGAGGACGUGGGACAUGUGGUCACCAGGAUGCUGGCCAAGAUCACAGGACUUCCUCAGGACUCGAUGGUUACCAUGGUGAAGCCUGGGCUGCCAACCAGAGCCGACUUAUACGUGUUGCCCACAGAGGACACGCCCGCUACGAGGAGUGGGUUUGCAGAUAAGCGCGUGUCCAGCAUAAAGCAGGCUCUGAGAGAGAGUAACGUCAGCUUCAUCGUGCGUGGUGGACUGAGAGUGCUGGUGACUCUGACAGAUCCUGACGCAGACUCCCGGAUCGGUGCUGCAAGUCCCGGAUUCUGGGCUUUGGCUGGCAUUCUUCUCGUCACCUUCGUCACUACAGGACUCUUCCUCCUCUACAAGUUUAAAAGAAAGCUGCCAGGUCGUAACGUCUACGCCCAGAUGCACAACGAAAAGGAGCAGGAAAUGACCAGCCCUGUCAAUCACAGCGACGACACGCAGCACAUCAUCCAGGGGGAGGAGUUCAUCGACGACGACCUCGACUCGCAGACGCUGGGUAACGGCCGAGGCAAUCACUCGGGAGUUGUGCUGAGCAUCACAUCGAGGGAACUGCACGGAUACCUGAGCAGCUGAUGCUCUUUAGCUCCGCCUACCAGAACAGAGGCUGCCUUUAACACCGCACACCUGAAUGGACAAAGCCUUUUAGGCCACACCCACCUGUGACCGUAACACGCCCAGACAGGAGGAAAAGUGAAACUGCACAUACUAACCAUCAGCACAGCAAAACUUCUCUCACCAUCUCUCUCUCUCUCUCUCUCUCUCUCUCUCUCUCUCUCUCUCUCUCUCUAUCAUUCUCUCUGUCUCUUUAUCCAUCUCUUUCUCUUCUUUUUGUCUCUCCAUUCCUCGAUUUAUUAAAUGCUUGAGAGAGUUUGUCAAACACACACACACACACACACACACACACACACACACACACACCCUGUGAGGACAGUUCUCUUUCUUCUCUCCCUCCUUCCUGUCUCUUGGCAUGAUGGGAUGUCCACAGCGCUUACACUUUCACUGAUGCCAAGGGACCAUUUUUACUUCCUGUCACAUGGCUGGUCAGUGCACUCUGACUGGCUAACUCAGAGAGUCUGCUACAGAAUACAGAGGCCACUUUCUUUUUUUUUGUUUAGAUGUCUGUGGUGGUAAUUGUGGUGUGUGAUGUUUUACCGUUUUCUUUAUAAAGUCUCAAACAUUUAGUUUUUAUUUCCAUGUUUUCGUCUUUGGUUUGAGUUGAUGUAUAAAUAUCUUUCUCUCAGGCCCGAGUGGUGGUGUGCUUGGUCUGAAACUGUCACCCAAACCAUGAGUUGUAUGUUUUUUAUGAAAGAAUGGCAGUGAGGAUGUGGUUCGAUAGGUAGGUACAUGACCAGGAUGAGCGAGUAAUUCAGGAGCAGCCAUGUUUAUAGAUACAGCCAAAGGGAACCAUAGACAAUAAUCUCUUUUGUUCAUCCGCAUUCUCAGCUUCUGAUGCAAUAAGAAUUCACAGGAUACUGUCCUCUCUUGAGUCAAAAGGGAUAGAACCAUCUUCCUCACUUAUAUUGUUAUAUUCAGGAGAAAUGCAGCAGGUUUUUUGUGGGAAUUGUAAAAAAAAAGUUUUGAGAGAAGGAUGGUGGACGAGGACUAAAGCCAAAAGCCCUCACAAGAUGUUUGCUUGCUUUACAGCACUAAAACAAAAAAAAAACUGUCCAAGACAUAUACAGUUUUUAUUGUUUAUUUGUUUAGCUUGUGUUUAUUUGGUUGUUGUUCUUGUUUGUGGUCUUUCUUUACGGGAACAACAAAACAAAAAAAAAACUCUCACAAAACAUUUGUUUGUUUGUUUGUUUGUUUGUUGUGCUUCACAACACUAAAGCAAAAAGCGCACCUAAGAUAUAGACUUUUUUGUUGUUUAUUUGUUUAGUUUGUGUUUGUUUGGUUGUUGUUCUUGUCCGUGGUCUUUCUAUUACGGGAAUAACAACAACAACAACAACAAAAAACUCUCACAAAACAUUUGUUUGUUUUGCUUUACAACAUUAAAACAAAAAGCCUGCCUAA